AUGAGCAACGCUAAUCAGCCGUCAUUCCAUCCCAAUCAUUCAACAAUAUCUAUGCAUCCCAAUCAUUCCGAUGACACUUCAUCAUUUCAAAGACAGUGGAGUAUACGGCAAGCUAACAGUAGACUCCACGCUUAUGGAUUACAAACAGCGUUAGAAAACGAUCUUGUGCGAAAAGUGCAAGAGGAUGAGGAAAAGCAUGUGCACCAUGGACUAGCCAUCCCUCUCAAUGAGCUGAAUGGUUCAACUGAAUCACAAUUCAGCACCACCAACCCUUAUCUCUCUGGUACAUCCAUGAUUCAACAGCCAAGUCGAUCCCCUGCGCAUCGUAGUCUUCGACAUAAAACAUAUGGUUUUCAAGAUCCAUUUGCAGUAGCUCCCAUGGAGGCAUGGCAAGAGAUCAAAGACUACAAUCUACGAGUCAAUGGAUUACCGACAUUGGAUCAAAUGAUGCGAUUACACACUUACAGUCCACUCACACAAUCCAAUUUUGCUACGUUUCUACGAAGACGCCGUGUUCACCAGAACCUCAACUUUCUGAUGGAAUUAGAAACACAUGAUAAACUAUGGAGAGCCUAUCUACAGAGCGUGGACAGACAAAACAGACAACGCCUAUCUCGAUUUCUGGAAUCAGCAGCAGAAAAGGAUCAGCAGCAAAACAAACCCAAUAUGCAUCAUGGAGUAGGUGGUGGCAUCAUGUCUUCGUCAGUAUCGUAUGUGGAGACACCAGAUACAGAUGAUUUGUUGAGGCCGUUACCACCACAGCCCUUGACACCACGAUCACCUACCCGCGAUGCCUAUGCGUCUCGUGGCAACAAAUCACUCAGUCGACAUGAUCUCGUACAGAAUGCCACCCGCAUCUACAGAACCUAUUGUUCGCCCAUCAUGGAUGCGGCACAAACCAUUCAUUUGCCAGACGAUCACAGACGAGCACUAGAGGAAUUGAUCGAGAAUAACGAGAGACCAGAGCCUAUUGUGUUUGAUUCAGCGAGAUCUCAUGUGUAUGAGAUUCUCAAUGUAUUCUACUAUCCACUUUUUGUGGAUAAUGUGCUCCACAAAAACAUAUCCAUUGGCACUUCCCGCUUGUUUUUGGCAUUAGGUGUUAUUAUCCUGACAUUGGCAUUCUCCAUUGAAUUCUCAUUGAUCUUUUUGGACGCUGGUAAAUCCAGUACUCGUUGGCUUGCCAUGAUACCAUUCUUCUUUGGUUGGUCUCUGUUACUCACGAGCACAACAGAAUUUGCUUGGUGGUUUGGUAUAGUUAGCAUGAGUGAAAUACAGUUUAUGGUGUACUCUGAUUUGCAGGAUGUAACAGUGAAAAAGAUUCAUCGCAAGCGUGGGUGGCUCUGGCUCGCACUCAUACUGAUAUUAUCUAUUGCUUCCACCAUCAUAUUUGUAUUUAUUCCUUCUCAUCGACUAUAA